CCGUUCUUAAUAAGAUUGUAAUGAAUAUUCAUAUAAAUUCGAAAUCGAGGCUAAGCUAGGCAAUUAUUUGUAAACAAUAUGGCAGCAUCAACAACAAACGGUACCUCAUCAAAAGAUCUUUCACAUUUACCAGAUAUAUCAUUUGCUUUUGUGGAAGAAUUUAUAAGAAAACACAGCCAGAGUUCAGGAAAAGAACAAAUGACAAAAGGAUUCAAAUACUACAGCGAGGAAUACGUACAUUCUGUGUCAGUGCAUCCUGAUGAUACUGGGUGUUUGGUCAAAGGAAAAUGUUUUAGAUCUCAAAGAAAAAACGAGUCUCCACAUGAUGUCAAGAUCAUGCUAAAUGGAGGGCAGAUUGAAUAUUCAUUCUGUACAUGUACAAUUGGACAAAGUGGUUACUGUGGACAUGUGUCAGCCCUUCUUUACCAACUUGCACACUACAAAUCCCUGAAAAUGAAGUUAAUUCCAACAGAUAUUGCUAAAACAUCUUUACCACAGACGUGGCAUGUUCCACGAGGCCAGAAAUUACAUGGUGAAAAGGCUGAUAACAUCGUUGUGCAGGGUUAUGACCGUGAGGAUCCCCAACGAGCUACAAAGGGAAUAAAGUCUACCCUAUAUAAUCCUAUUCCUGGGAACGAAGCUAUCAAUGUCAAUGACUUAUUGGGCCAGGUUAAAGAUAUGGACAUUUUGUUUGACACUGUGGUGACAGAACACAGGACAGAACUAGUUCAAACUGAAUUUGGUAAAUUCCCUAAAGGAAGCAUUCUCAGUUAUCAACAAAAAAUGGCAAGUGACUACCUCCUCAACUUAAUGGAUAAUAAUUCAUUUCCAGAAUUACCAUUGAAAAAUGUCAUGAUUAACAAUUUUGAAACUGUUCUCAUGAAAGACCAGUUAAAAAAGUAUGACUCCUUGAAGGUUACACUGCUGGAAAGUAAAGAGAUUGAGGAAGGAACACGUCUUCAAUCGAAUGAUCCUAAAUGGCAUAAAAUUAGACGUGAUCGUAUCACAGCAUCACAUGCAGGAGAAAUAGCCAAGAGAAGAGCUGAUGGGGCUAAACUUGCUGAACGCUUGCGGUCAACUAGACAUGUUCAGACAGCAGCUAUGAAACGUGGCAUAGAAUGUGAGGUUACUGCAGCACAAGCCUAUAGCAAGGUGAUGAAUGACAAUGUAAACUUGUAUCCAUGUGGUGUGAUUGUAAAUCCUUGGUGUCACUGGCUUGCAGCUACCCCAGACAGAAAAGUAUAUGCACCUGAUAGAAAUCAACCACAUGGUUUGUUGGAAAUAAAGUGUCCAAACACUGACCAAUUAUCAAGCGUCAAAUGUCUUCAUUUAAUCGACGGGGAGCUAAAAUUGAAAAAAAAUGAUAACUAUCAUUAUCAAAUACAAAUGCAAAUGGCCGUGACAGGAUUAGACUGGUGUGACUUUUUUGUUUGGCUUGAAAAUGAUUCACAUUUGGAAACAGUUUAUUUUGAUAGUGAAUUUUGGGAAGCUACAAAAGACAAACUUGAUUUGUUUUUCAACACUUAUUUUUUGAACUAA